AUGCGAAACCCUACAACUGAUGAAUUGGCCAGAAUACUGCAUCAAAAUGAACUGCGUGGUUUUCCAGGCAUGAUAGGCAGCAUUGAUUGCAUGCAUUGGGAAUGGAAGAACUGUCCAACGGCAUGGAAAGCGCAGUACGCCGGUAGGAACAAGAAAGCAACGCUAAUACUGGAAGCCGUUGCAGAUCAGGAUUUAUGGAUAUGGCAUUCCUUCUUUGGGAUUCCUGGAUCUUGUAAUGACCUAAAUGUCUUAUACCGUUCCCCAGUGUUCGAUGAGGUUCUGCAUGGUCGAGCUCCUCCGGUAAAUUUUACCGUUAACGGCCAUGAAUACAACAUGGCAUAUUACUUAGCCGACGGUAUUUAUCCGAAGUGGGCAACUUUUGUUCAGGGUAUCACAACCCCUCAACUUCAAAAAGAUAAAUUGUUCGCUGACCACCAGGCUGCUGCUCGAAAGGACGUUGAAAGAGCAUUCGGUGUUUUGCAAGCUCGAUUUGCAAUAAUACGAAAACCGUCACUGGCGUACGAUGAGGACAUACUGCGAGACAUAAUGAAAGCAUGUAUCAUUAUGCACAACAUGAUUGUUGAAGAUGAGCGCCACAACUACACUCGAGCCGAAGUUCUAAGAGCCUUCUACGAAGAAGAACAACAAGAAUCAACACCAGCAUCAACAUCUACAACGCCACCGUUUGAAUUCAACGUAGGCCGACCUACAAACUUUGACUUCAACGCAUUUCUACAGCGAAAAGCUUCCCUCCGUGACAGAGAAAUUCAUCUAUCUCUGAAACGUGAUUUAGUCGAACAUAUUUGGCAACGAUACGGGCCACGUAAUUAG